AUGAGCGGCGGCGGCAAGAAGGGAGUCGGCAUCGGCGUUGGAGGGAAGGGUUUGGGCAAGGGCGGGAAGACGGCCAAGCGGCAUCGCAAGAUCCUCCGCGACAACAUCCAGGGCGUGACGAAGGGCGAUAUUCGUCGGCUUGCACGACGGGGUGGUGUUAAGCGGAUCUCGGGCAUGAUUUAUGAUGAGACGCGGACGCAGUUGAGGAGGCAUUUGGAGAUGCUCCUUAAGGACAUCUGCCUUGUCGUAGAGUCCUGCGGUCGCAAGACUGUCUGCGUCACGGAUGUGGUGUUCGCUUUGAAUCGCAUGGGCAGGACCAUCUACGGCUUCGGCGAAGGCACUCGGUAA